AAAAGUUUCAGGUUGAAAUUAAGCUAAGCUAUCCUCUUCCUCUGUUCAACACACACACUCACACUGAAACACACACUUCAUUUUCAGACACCAGAAACAGAACAUUCAUGGCUUCAAUCAGCAUGUCAGCAUCUUUCCUCGGUGGCGCUGCCGCUAUCUCCCCUGCAGCUGCUUCCCACCGGAGGCUUGUCAUCACCAACAGUGUUAAACCCAACACUGUGAAGGUCAGCUGUGAGACCAACCAAGAGGGCAGCAACAAUGGAAGGAGAGACAUAAUAUUCGCUGCUGCAGCUGCUGCCAUUGCUUCUGUUGCCGGUGUUGCGAUGGCUGAUGAACCAAAACGUGGUUCCCCUGAAGCUAAGAAAGCUUAUGGUCCUGUUUGUGUCGCCAACCCAACUGCUAAGAUCUGUAAUAACUAAAAAUAUUCUGCAGUUUUUUUUAUUACUAUUCUGUAUUUCAAUUUUCAUGUGGAUGAUUAUCAUUAUUAAUGUAAUUUCUUUACUGCCUGAUGUUUAAUUGAGAACUCUGCUUAUAUAAUAUGAUUAACAUCUUGUCAGUAUUACAUUA